AUGUUGCACGAGACGUGGACCUCCUGGCCGCGCGCCGAGACCUUCGAGAUCGAAGCCUUCAUCGCCGAAGUCAAUAACAACUAUUUGAAAGAGGGCGAGGCGGAGUGCGGCGCGGGCGACGCGGACAGCCCGCCCCCCCUCGCGUACGGCUACGCCCCCGGCGGCCUGUCGCCGUCCCACUCGCGCAGCUACCAGGAGCUGCGGCCGGCGCCACACUCGCGCGACAUGCAGACGUACGCGCACCUCGAGGAGGCGCUGUUCAAGCCGGCGGCGCUGGCGGGCUCCACAGACGGCGCCUACCUGCGCGGGCGCAGCCCCGAGCUCAGCCCGUCGCCGGAGCGCCGCGACGACUACCGCGCGCUGCACUACGAGCCCUACGCGCCCGCGCAGCCGCCGCCCUACACGCACGACCACCACCACCACAUCGACGGCGGAGGCGGAGGCGCGGUAUAUUCGCGCUGCGCCUACCCGAGCGCCGGUUCGCCGUACUUCAGCAACGGAGCCGAGCUGGCGCAGCCGCAGAUCUGGACCUCCGCCGCAGGGGGUUCUCCUAGCUACGGCACCGCCAGCGGCGCCGGCUCGGUGCUGAGCGAGGAGUACGAGGCGGGCGAGGGCGAGGGCGGCCCGGGAGCGGGCGGAGGCGGGGGCGGAGGCGCGCUGCCCGCCUUCAGCGCCCGCUUCGGCGGCGCCUUCGCCAGCGCCACCUCGCGGCCCUCCACCGUGUACGGCAGCCCCUCGCUCGCCACCAACGCAUACGCACAACCCGACGUAUGGAGCCUGGACGGCAGCCGCCGGCCGCAGCUGUCCGCCGCCGCCAGUCUGUCAGCGAUCGAGACGGCGGAGUUUUUCACGGAGGGUCGCGAGUGCGUGAACUGCGGCGCCAUCCACACGCCGCUGUGGCGCCGCGACGGCACCGGGCACUACCUGUGCAACGCGUGCGGCCUGUACACCAAGAUGAACGGCAUGAACCGGCCGCUGAAGCAGCCCCGGCGGCUGGUACGUCAGCGGCACGCGGCGCACGCGCUGGCGCCCGCCCCCGACAUGGGCACGAAGCGGCCGGGCAUGGCGUGCACCAACUGCCACACCACCACCACGUCGCUGUGGCGCCGCAACGCGCAGGGCGAGACCGUCUGCAACGCGUGCGGCCUCUACUACAAGCUGCACAACAUCAACCGCCCGCUCGCCAUGAAGAAGGACUCCAUACAGACUAGAAAGCGGAAACCGAAGAACAGUAUGAAAGCAGAGAGGAGUAUCAGCAAAGGCCUCAUGAACGCGGCGCACGCGGCGCACGCCGCGCACAAUACGCACUCGGUCGCGUCCGCCGUGAAGAUCGAGAACCUUCUCGAAGGAGGCUCGGGUGUCGGAGGUGCGAACGGCGCGGGUUCGGGAGCGCGCUCGCCGCUCACGCUCGGUUUCUACGUGCAGCAGCACGCGACCGUGAAGCUGGAGGAGCCCCCGCCGGCGCACGCGCACCACGCGCACCAAGCCCACCAGGCGCACCAAACACACCAGGCGCACCAGCCGCACCAGGCGCACCACGCGCACCACUCGCAGCCCUUCUACGAGGACGAGUACCGGCGCGCCGAGCCGCAGGAGCGCCUCGAGCGCGCCACCGUCGUGUCGCUGGGCAGCUGAGCGCCGCGCCCGGCGCGCUAGCGAUAAGAAUCUCAGUCGUUUAAGUUUAGCUAAUCGUAGAGUAGCGGACGAGAGCCGCAGUCCUCGCUAGGUGACCAAAUAGAGGCGACGCGGCGCCUCCUGUACAUACCGCGCCCGACGCGCCUCGCGCCGAUGAACUUGUGGUCUGUCCUAUUUCUUACUAGUUUUACGAUGUCGUAAAAAUCUUUUCUAUUAACUUUUCGUCGGCGGUGCCCGAGCACUAGCAUUUAUAGAAAA